AUGGUAUUGUCGCUAUGGGAACCGUUGCCGCAGAAAGUCGGCUGUCGACUGGCUGUCGCGCCGCAGAGCCCAGUGUUCCUUACGUUAUUUCUAUGCGAGAGACGACUGCGCGCGGACAAAUCGGAUAUAUUAAUAAGGAAACCUCAUUCCGGAGGCUGCAUUUCUGAUGAAGCGCAAAAUUUGAUAGAAGCCACCGUUAACGAGCAUUGUGCCGAAGCUUCUUUGGGCAGAGAACCGGCUCCUCGUGUUUUCAAAAGGGCUUUGGCUACCAUAACGGAAAAAGGUUGGGACUUGGUGGCAAAUAAACCUAUCCCAACGUUCAAUGAAAAAAAAUCGUCAAUUUAUCGCCAACGGAACAAAAUUGCCGGUGUGGAUAAAAUUUGCCAUACCGAUCCCGAAGAAGUGGAGGUACCUCUUCAAUACGAGAGUUUUCUUUUGGCGGAUUACAGUUGUAAUGGCAUGAGAAUAAUUAUGUUUAGUUCUAAAGAUGCUCGAGAAUGUUUAACCCAGUCAGAACACAUGUUCAUGGACGGAACAUUCAAAUCAUGCCCUUCGCCUUUCCGUCAGAUUUAUACAAUCCAUGCCGACAUAGGUAGUGAUUCAGAUAAUACCAAUAUAGUAACUUUGGUUUUUGCGUUUAUGACGCACCAGACGAAAGAGGCGUAUACGGCGUUAUUCAGUUUAAUCAAGGCACAGGUGCCAGGUUGGCAACCUAAAAAAGUAACAAUCGAUUUUGAGAGAGCCACGUUAGAUGCUUUAUCUGAAUUCAAUGUAAAAAUAAUGGGUUGUCAUUACCACUUCUCAAAUGCCCUAUUUAGAAAAGCUAAAGCAAUCGGCUUGAAACGCACAAAACCUAAUAUCAGGAUAAUAUCCUUAUGUAGCAAACUCGCGUUUUUGCCACACUAUUUCAUACCAGAUGGUUGGGCCUAUAUUCGCAAUGAAAUGGGAUCUGGUGAUUCAACAUUGACUAAGUUCUCCGAAUAUUUUGAAGCGUACUGGAUGAAGGGUGAUUUUUGCAGAACAUGGUGUAUGUAUGGAGAGAAACACCGUACUAAUAAUAGCUGCGAGGGCUGGCAUCAUAGCCUUAAUGUAAAUAUUAACAGAAAUGAAGGUCGGCUAUUGCAGGUUCUGCAUCUGUUAUUUCAAGAAGCGAACAUAACUUCAUUUCGCAGUCAUCGUUUGCAGAAGUUCAAAAAAAGUACGGGCCCUAAACGCCGCAACAAUGUUAGAGUCUACGACGACCGCAUUUUAACUGCCCAGAAGCAAUUGAUGAGUGGCGAGAUAAGUGUUGGGCACUUCCUAGAAAAACUUCGUUAAUUUGUAUUAAUUUAUAUUUAAUUGUAUUUGUAAGUGUUAUCUAAUAAAAAUAUUUUCAUUUGCGUUAGACAUUUUAUUUAAGUAGUCGAUAAUUAUCCUAUAAUGGCUAACUUGAAGAAGAAUAAUGAGAAUUUUUGUUAGCUUGUAUUCUGUUUUGUUUUUUCAUAUGAGUAUUGCAAUAUAAACAUCAUUUAUAUUUCAUUUUUAUCAUGAUAUCUUAUGAAAUAAUAAUUUACUAUAAACCUUUUGAACUCCCAGAACCUAAGUGCGUGACAUUAUUGAAAAAGUUAAGAUUUUUUACAAAUACUCGUACUUAUGUGUAGAGCUAUUUUACUAUGUAGUUUAAUUAUUAAUAUUAGCAUCUUCUCACUAGAUCCAUAACAAAAAGUUGUAUCUAAUGAGAAAAAUGUUCUCCUCAGAUCCAUUUGUAGCGACUAGGAGUAAUGGUGUAUCAAAUGAUAAAUAACUUCUCAUUAGAUCCACGGUGGAUCUAGUUGGAAAAUAAAAUCUCAAUAGAUCCAUAAUGGAUCUAGUGAAUGGAUCAAAUGAGA